UAUAAGCUUCUUAUGAGCCAUUUCAUAAACAACUCAAACCUCUUAGAUCAUAUCUUCCACUCUCUAAUCUCAUAACUACUCUGUUUUUAUUUGCUCUGUUCCAAUGAACAUUGCUUGGACAAGAGGACCAACCAUCGGCCGUGGCUCCACCGCCACCGUCUCAAUAGCAACUUCAAACACCGGUGAGAUCUUCGCCGUCAAAUCCGCCAACUUCUCUUCAUCAGCGUUCUUGCAAAGAGAGCAAUCCAUAUUGUCUACAUUGAGCUCUCCUCACAUAGUCAAGUACAUAGGCUCUAGUCUAACGUGCGAGAACGACCGACUUGUCUACAACAUCCUUAUGGAGUACGUUUCCGGCGGGAGUCUUCACGGUUUAAUCAAGAACUCAGGCGGGAAGUUGCCGGAGCCGGCGAUCAGAUCACACACGCGUCAGAUUCUCAAGGGUCUGAAGUAUCUUCACGAGAGAGGGAUCGUUCACUGCGACUUGAAGAGCCAGAACGUGCUGGUUGGAGAAAACGGCGUCGUUUCAAAGAUCGCUGAUUUGGGUUGUGCUAAACCGGUUUUUAACUCGGGAUUUUCCGGUACGCCGGCGUUUAUGGCGCCGGAGGUUGCUCGUGGUGAAGAACAGAGGUUUCCUGCUGAUGUGUGGGCUUUAGGGUGUACGGUGAUCGAGAUGAUGACAGGAUCAAGCCCUUGGCCGGAGCUAAACGACGCCGUUGCGGGGAUGUAUAAGAUUGGAUACUCAGGUGAGUCGCCGGAGAUUCCUGAGGGGACAUCGGAGAAAGGUAGGGACUUUGUGAUGAGGUGUUUGAGGGUUGAUCCGAAACAGAGAUGGACGGUGGAAGAGCUCCUUAAACACCCUUUUCUCGACGACGACGAGGAAGACGAAGAGUCUCAAUCUAUCGAUUACUUGCGGAACACGUCUUCUCCGAGCACUGUGUUGGAUCAACGGUUUUGGAAUUCAUGCGAAGACUCGGAAACAGAAGACCCUUUUGCUGAUUACUCGGAUUCGUGGCGUUCGCCGGCUGAUCGGAUUGAGCAACUCGCCGGAGAUGAAGUUACAAGCGUUCCUAGUUGGGAUACGGUAGACGACGGCGAGUGGAUUCAAGUGAGGGGAGAUGUUAUCGGAGAAGCCGAGAAACGCGUUAGCUACGGCGGUGAAGACAUCAUUUGCGUCGAGGCAACGUCAUCGUCGCAAGUGAUUGAAGAUUGGAUAUGGGAUCAAGAGAGCUUGUUGUCGGAAUAUUCCUCUGACGACGUCAUUGCUAGUCUUUACUCCAAUGCUGCAAUUCAAGGAAAUUUAAUUGUUUAUAAUCUUGGAGAUAAAAAUGUACCAAUAAAUAAAAUGUUUCGUAAUUAUAAUGAGGAUAAGAAAACAUUUAUCUGUCAAAUUGCAUUGAACAAUGUCCUAACAAAAACAAAUCAAACUAAUAUGGACCUUCGGUCUAUGUUUCUUUUAACAUUUGUAAUCGUUAUUGUUUCAGUUUCUUUUUGGGUUAAAAUCCAACUAUAUAAAAGGGACUAA